CAUAUGCUUUAUGAGACAGGAAGUUGCACAAAGUGGAAAGCAUCGCUAAAAUUAAAUUAUGUCAGGAUCAAAGCCCCACACCCCUCUCUCCUGCCCCCCUUUUUAUCGCUUCACAUAAAUCAGAAGCAGCUCAAGAAUUUAGGGUUUUCUCAAAGAGGGAAAUUGAAAAAAAAAACAAAAAAUGGGUCGAGGUAGGGUUGAGAUGAAGAGGAUUGAAAACAAGAUUAGCAGGCAAGUCACCUUCUCCAAGAGAAGAUCAGGCCUCUGGAAAAAGGCUAAUGAGAUCUCCCUUCUCUGCGACGCUGACGUUGCUUUGAUUGUCUUCUCCACUUCGGGAAAACUCUUCCACUAUUGCUCUCAUCCUAGCAUGGGAAGACUUGUUGAACGAUACGAGCAACACACGUACUCUCAGAAAAUUGGUGCGCCUAACGAACCGAAGGAAGACUUGCUCCUAGACCAUCCAAAACUUGGCCAUCAUCUGCAAUAUCUGCACAGAACUAUGAGGAAUUAUGCGGGAGAGGAUCUAGAUCCACUGAGCUUCAGAGAGCUCCAAAGUCUUGAGCAUCAACUCCAAAAUGCUUUGAAGCGUAUUCGAAAUAAAAAGAACCAACUCAUGCAUGAGUCGAUUUCCCAGCUUCAGAAAAAGGAGAAAUCACUGCAGCAUCAGAAUCACGCAAUAAAAAAGGAGGUAAGGGAGAAACAGCAAAUAGGAGAGAGCAGAGAGAAACCACGAGAAGCUCAAGAUAUAUCCUCCUCCAAACUUCACAACCUAACUAUGGCCAGUGGUGCGGAAGAAGAUGGCGGUUCGAACAGCCUUAUCCCGCCAUGGCUACUCGACCAUGUGCCAAGACGAUGACAUUAGGGUUGAGGAUAGGCAUUCGAAAAUAAAAUAUCAACUUUCAAUAAAAUGAUAAAUAUGUUUGGUUUAUAUAUAUGUAUCGAGAUUGUAUUUAGUUUCUAGGUUGUGCUCUGUUGUAACUCUUUGAACCGCCACAAAAUCUUAGACUGCAGUCGCAUUAUUAUUUAUUAGUGUGUAACUGAACUAAUUAGCUGGGCAUAAA